AACAUUUUGAACACUUGAUGUUAACAAACAUAUAUUUGACAGGUUUGAUGUUUUUAUAAGACACGUGCAGUUACAGACACAGUUACAAAACAUUUACUGUGGGAUCUUAAUAAAUCCUUAUCAUCAUCAUCAUCAUCAUCAUUAUUGAGGAAUAUUAUGUCAAUCAUCUGUAUCUCUGCAGGCCAAAGUGAACUGAUACAGAGUCUCGCUCUGCUGGUGUGUGAGUGUUUAUGGAGGACGGUGACGUGUGUGUCACCUGUGCAGGUAUAUAAGAGCGUCUGAACGGGUUCCUGCUCAUCUUCAUCUUCAUCAUGAGGGGUCUGGUUCUGCUCUUCAUCAGCGGUGUGUUCUGCAGCAUCAGCGCUCAGCCUCGACCCUGCGAGUCUCCGGCUCAGUAUGUGGGCAGCAUGUCUAUGACGGCCGCUGAUGGAAUCAUCACCUCCGCCGCCACAUACUCGUACGACGCUCACGCUCAGCAGAUCCGCGUCAGAAACUACAUGACCAUCUUCAACGAGACCAUCCUGAUGGAUCUGCUCAUGCACUUCAAACAGGGCGUGAUGUACGAGAUCGAUUACUCGCGCCUGCGGUGUGAGAAGAAGGCUCUGGAGACGUCCUUCCACCCCACACGGGUCCCGGCCGACGCCGCCUUCAUGGGUCAGGUGAUCCUGGGAACCACGUCCGUUGCCGGCCUGGGUCUGUUGACCAACUCCUGGGUCGGAGAGAUUCCAGAGAUCCAGGCUCAGUACAUGCUGACCUUCGCCGAGUUCACCUGCCUGCCCAUCAGCGCGUCCGUCUUCACGCCGCAGACCGGGUGGAUCACUAUGAGCUUCUACAAUCAUCUGCUGGGCGUCCAGAACCCUCAAGACUUCGUCCCGCCGUUCUUCUGUCCCGCAUCGGCUUCAGACGAACAUCUGCCCAAGACCAACUUCCUGAAGGCCGUCCGUCCGUCUCCGUCUAAAGACCAGGACUCCAGCAGGAAGAACUGAUCUUUAAGAUGUUCUGAUCUCUGUCCGCAGUGAAUAAACUCAAACAUCUUCAUCAGAAGGUUUAAUGUCUUCAUUUCGACUCCAUCUGGAGCUUCUGAAGGACGUUUCCAAACACAGAAAUAUAAAACACUGAACCGUUCAGUCACUGAAGACUCGUGAACCCUGAACACACUCAUGAUCGUGCGUGAAAGCAUCUAUUGAUAUGUAUUUCAUUGAUCACAUGAUAUGUAAUAAAACAAUGAAGAUCUGACCUGAACGACAGAUAUGCAUCAUAUCAAGUUCAUUAGCUGGUGUUAAAACUGCAUAAACCAAAAGAAUGUGUAAAAAUUGAAUUGCAUAUAACAUUUCAAAUACAUAAAUCUUAAAUUUAUGCCUAAAUAUUAUUUAGAGUGUGUUGAACAGAUUCAGUAAAUCUCUGAAUCUUCAUCAUAUCAUGUUUUACCAGAUACAUUUACAGAAUUACAGCCAAAAUCCUGAUUAUCAUCAUCAUUAUUACUGAAAUGAUUAUUUUAUAAAGCUGAAAUAACUCAUUCAUCACGUGAGUUUUUGAACAAUAUUUCAAUCAUUUUUCAGUGUGAAUCUUGUUCAGAUGGCGUGCUGAACUUGAUCUGCUGUUUCUCGUUUUGUGAAAUCCCACGAUGACAUCAUUCAACAGGAAGUUGCAUCAUUGUUACAGCAGUAAUGAUCAGUGUUCGUUUGGUUCCUCGUCUUACAAACACAUUAAACACGAGCAGAAUCCACCCGCUCUGAUUCCAUUUUC